AUGUCCCCAUACAAGCUAGUCUAUGGCAAGGCUUGCCAUCUUCCGUUAGAGCUUGAACAUAAAGCAUAUUGGGCCAUAAAAGAAUUAAAAUUUUCUUUAAAAGAUGCUGGUUUGAAAAGGAAGCUACAACUCUGUGAACUAGAUGAACAUAGGUUGUUGUCCUAUGAAAAUGCCAAGCUCAAUAUAGAGAAAACAAAAAUUUGGCAUGACAAGAGAAUACAACACGGAGACUUGAGAGAAGGCCAACAUGUUCUUUUGUUUAAUUCUAGACUGAAGUUAUUCCCUGGAAAACUUAAGUCUAGAUGGUCUGGGCCUUUUCUUGUUUUUAAAGUGUACCCUUAUGGAGCAGUGGACUUGGUAAACCCGGAAGAUAACUCUAUUUUCAAGGUAAAUGGCCAAAGGGUAAAAGUGUACCAUGAUCCGGCAGUAGUCUCAGAACAGCACUCUGAGAGUUGUGCUGCUCUCUGCUAA